GUCCUUUUCGAUAAGGGCACGUACGACAAGUUCGUGAAGGAGGUGCCCUCCUAUAAGCUCAUCACCCCAUCCGUCGUGUCCGAGCGGCUGAAGAUCAGGGGGUCGUUGGCCCGGAAGGCGCUGUUGGAGCUGCACGAGAAGGGACUCAUCCGUCAGGUUAUUAAACAUCACUCGCAGACGAUAUACACGCGAACCACGAAAGCGGACGACGCCGAACAGGAGGCGGAACAGGAGGCCCAACAGGAGGGCCAGAAGGGAAAGAAAGGCAAACAGCAAAAGGAAAAGGCGGAAAAGGCCUAA